GCCUCCUUCUUAAAAACUCGCUUGAGUGAAAUUGAAAAUCGAGCCUGAAGGAGAGUAAACGGAGAAUAAACGGAGUGAAUGUAUCUGGAGGAGGAGAAGUGACAUGAGUCCACCGGAGACUUGUUCAGGAUGAACUCUUCAACAGCCCCUGACAACAGAUGACUCUCACAGUACAGCGACAGUCAGAGAGGAUGGUUUCCUUGUUGAGCCCAAAUGGAACAUCAAGUUGCAGAGGAUGGGUGGUGCCGGUUAGAAAGCUAGAUAAACUAGUUGUGUUAGUCUGUGAGAAAGUGUUGUGAGCAGAACUACUUUUUGCCACAGAACUGUUAGAUUGUUCACCUUUGGCCUUGAGGUCGAGAAACCAUUUUGACAGUUAAUACAGCAGAUACACUAAACUGGCUGAUGGAGUACACUGACAGAGUGCUGUGUGGGACUGGGGAGAUGGAGUUAGACCCCAACAUUGUCAGUGAAGAGGCUGGAAAACUGUAUUCAGAACUACAGACCGUCAUCGAGACCCAUGGUGAAGGUGUGGUGGAGACGCUGGUGCCCAUUUUUGUGUGGGUGCUGGAGGGGCUGGCCAGCUGUAAAGCCCAGCUGAGAGACAGGGAGGAGGAGGCGGAGAGGGAGAAAGCUGAGCGAUUGGAGCUGCUGGAAAGAUACCAAGCGGAAAAGGCACUAAGGAAAGAAAGUCAAGAGAGGUAUCUCGAGCUGGAUGACCAAAUUGAACAGGAGAGGAGAGCCAUGAAGGGGAGGGAGAAGGGGAGAGAACGACGAGAGAGAGAACUAGAGAAGAAAGCAAGACAGCAAGCCGAUCAGUUGGUGGCCUUGGAGGAGCAGAAAGCAAAUUUAAGUAGAGAGCUGAGCUCACUGAGACAUUCUCACAACAAGUUGGCUCUCCAGUGUCGGGAACUUCUGGAAAAGAGAAAGGAUUCUGAGCGGGAUUCUCCUUUAAGGAAUCACUUGCGUUCCAAGAAUGCUGAAUCUCCAUCCCAUCAAGUUUUGUCAGAAUCCAGUGUAAAUGAAAAGCAGAUGAUUCAAAGACCCCAUUCACACUCUGGUCCCCCCUGUCUGGAAGAGCUCGUCACCCAGGAGGACAAGGCGAUUGACAUUGCAGUGAAGUCGACCACGGAUCAGUUUGUCAAUGACAUCAUAAGCUCCACUCCUGAGCUGGCACAGUUUCACGGCCGUGUGGAUGCAAGUUCCCCAGGUAGACCUAACGAUGAGGAGCCACCAAGGGAUGAGUCAGAGACCAGCUUGGAGGAAGAGAUGAAGGAGGUGGAGGGAGACGAGAAACCCAAAGAUGAAGAGGGGAACAUGCAAGAAAAAGAUAAGGAGGAGGACGAGGAGGUGGAGGAAGAAGAUAGUGUGGAGUGGGACCUUCGCAACAAUGACUCUGUGUUUUCUGAACUGUCGGAGCUGAGUCGGGAUUAUGUGGAGAGUGUCGACCGCGGGGCCAGUGUCAGAGGCAGUACAGACCAGUUUGAGGAGAUUCUUUCUCAGUAUGAGGAACUGAAAGUCACCUAUGAGUUGGUAGAAGCUGCCCGCAAAGCUCUGAUAUCUCGGGUAGUUGAGCUGACUGAUGACCGGUCAGCUCUUAAACUGGAAGUGACCUCUCUUCAGGAAACAGUCUCUCGAUUAGAGGGGCGAGUGAAGGAGAAGGAGGACGAAACUAAGAGACUUCGUAAAGAACUGGAAUCAUGUGAACCUGAGGAUCCUGACGCCUCUUCUCUCACAUCUUCACGGAACUUCUCUCGUUCUGAAAUGGCUCGUGUUGUUAUGGAGAAGAACCAGUAUAAGCAGCGUCUGUUCGAGCUGCAGGAGGCAGUAAGACAUAGUCAGGCAGUCAGAGCAACAAAGGGAGAGAGGUUUAUAGAGGACAAAAGAUCAAGUGUUUGGAGAAGGUUCAACCGCUUGUUUGGCCUGUCAAAGGAAACUUUAAUCGCUCCUCCUGCAUCUAAAAUCCUCUCACCUGCUUCCCCACCAGUCGGUCGCUCUCCUGUGGUGUCCCUACAGCUACCGGCUGUCACUCAGACUCAGGCUGAGUCUGCUUCUCCAGCUGCUCUCUCACCUCGUGCCAGGAGGAGGGAGCUCUACAGAGAAAUUCGCUCGCACAUUUGGGGAACUCUGGGAAAACGGCAGAUACAUGGCUGGAGCACACCGCUGGCAAACACUCAGGAAUCCCAUGAACCUGCCCCAGAGCCUAAAGAUGUGCCGGUUCUAGUGCAGCUCAGGUUGUUGGAUCAAAGAGACUCCACUGCUAAGGUGAACUGUGCGGUUUCAGUCACACCUGAAGUCUCCGGAGAGGCCACUUGUUCUGUAUGGGUAGUUUCUGGUCCUGCCUCCAGCAGUGAUAUUACAGUGAUUGAUCCAGCACGCUCCAACACAGUACUGGAUCAGUUCGGUCUCCCUCCCACUGCUCCUGCACUCUGCAUCUGUGCUGUGCCUCCCAUAGGUGGCACCACAGGAACUGUGUGGAUUGGAACUCAGGAAGGAAGUAUACUGGUACAUUCAGCCUCUGUUAGCAGGAGGCGCUGUCUGCAGUCUGUUUCCCUGUCAGAGGGUGUCUAUUCACUUACGUUUUCCCAGGGUCAAGUCGUAGCUGGUUUAGCUGACGGGACCUUAGCGUUUUUCUCACACAGCUCAGGUGGCUGGAAUCUGCAGUCGCACUCAGUGGUGCCGCUUGGAUUAAACCCUAUGCAGCCUAUUCGCUGCUGUCUUGCCAAAGAUGGCCGCUUGUGGGCGGGAUACUGGAACAGAGUCCAUGUGGUUGACAUUGACCAAAAGAAGGUUGAGCAAACAUUCUCAGUGUCUGAGCGCAGUGAGCAGCAGGUUCGUUUCCUGUGUGCCGGUGGAAGUGGUGUUUGGACCUCAUGUCGACUUGAUCCAAUCCUCAGGCUCUUUGACUGGUCCACUGGGCGGCCGCUACAGGAAGUUGAUUUUUCAACUUUGGUCACUAAAACAUUAGGCCAACCCUUCCUGACACUCUCACCUCUGCAAAUCUCAUCUCUCUCUGUCAUCUCUGGUCGUCUUUGGGUGGGCACUGGAGGUGGAGCCAUUUUCUCCAUCCCAUUAUCCAUAACAUCAGAAGCUGUUUCCAUUCCAUAUUGCUCCAUUUCAUCAGCCCAGCUGUGUUACCAUGGACACAGACAAGCUGUCAGGUUCAUCAUUGCUGCGCCUGGUUGUUUGAUGACCUCUCCUGGCAGCAGCACUGUCACUACCUCUCAGUUUAUCCUCAGUGGAGGAGAGGGCUACAUCAACUUCAGAAUUGGAGACGAUGCAAAUGACAUAUCGGAUGACACAUCGACCCAAACUACGCCUCAACGGUCUGACCGCAGUCACAUGAUCAUUUGGCAGAACACCACCCCCUCUGUGCCCAACCCUGCUCUCUGACAUUGAUUGUGGGUAAACGUGAAGAUGAGGUGGAUAAAGAUUGUUCACCAGCAGACAACAGUGGAAAUGGUGUUUUCAUGAACUGAAUGAAAAAAAACAUCUGUGGCAGAAAUUUGAAAAAAUAAUUUACAUUUUUUCCUGUUUACCUCAUUCAUUUUGUAUAUAUGUUUUGACUGGAUUAAUGGGAUAUCAUGUCCUCCCAUGUGCCUUCAUCUGAUUUUAUAUCAGUGUUGUAUAAUAGAUUAGUAAUUCAGCCGCUUGAUUCUUAAUAGAUUGUUUUUAACUUUGUACUAACAAUGCUCUCAGUCUAACUGACAAACAUCUCUGAUAUAUUUUACUGCUUGUCCAAGAACCUGCAGAUUUGUCCACCAUGUGACACCAGGUGUUCCUGUCAUACAUCUUUGGAUCAUUAUGUUAAGCUUCAUCAUGUGACUGCUGUGUAGAUGUUUGUUCUUAACUGUGAACUGAAAAUCUGUUACUCUGCUCUCACCUUGAAGACAAUCACUGUUUUUUUAUCUCUUAUCUUUUGAUGCUGCAAUAAGAGCUGUGAUACUAUAAUUUCCAUGUAUUAACUCAAAUUCUACCCUCCUACAUUGCAUGUGGUGUAAUUACAAAAAACUGCACAUUAUAAAUGUGUCUAUAUGUUUGUGUGUCUGAUAUCUCAUCCACUAAAUUCAAUUUUUUACUUUCUGUCCUUAGAAAUAAUUUAUUUUCUCUAUUACUUCUUUGCUUUGUAUAUUGUCUUUGAAUGGCAUGAAAUGCUUUUGGUGUCUUAAUUUAUUUCAUAUUCUCAUUUGAUUUCAUUUAUCUUUUGUAAAAUGAGGGAGGGGGAGUUAUUUCAAGUGUCCUUUGUGAUAUUUAUGUGAAAUUACAGGUUUGUGCACACAUGUUGUCAUGACAGCUCCUUGUACAGAAAUUAAGAUUUGAGUAUUUGAGUUGACUCAGCAACAUUAUUUUCAUCAUUAAAAUGUCUUCGGUGUC